GACGCAAGAUGGCAGCCACCACGGGCUCGGGAGUAAAAGUCUCUCGCAAUUUCCGACUGUUGGAAGAACUCGAAGAAGGCCAGAAGGGAGUAGGAGAUGGCACAGUUAGCUGGGGUCUAGAAGAUGACGAAGACAUGACGCUUACGAGAUGGACAGGGAUGAUAAUUGGGCCUCCAAGAACAAUUUACGAAAACAGAAUAUACAGCCUUAAAAUAGAGUGUGGACCCAAAUACCCAGAAGCGCCCCCCUUUGUACGAUUCGUAACAAAAAUUAAUAUGAACGGAGUUAAUAGUUCUAACGGAGUGGUGGACCCGAGAGCCAUCUCCGUGCUAGCGAAGUGGCAGAACUCGUACAGCAUCCGAGCAGUGCUGCAGGAGCUGCGGCGCCUGCUGAUGGCCAAGGAGAACAUGAAGCUGCCUCAGCCGCCAGAGGGCCAGUGCUACAGCAACUGAGCGGCGGCCCGGCCCGGCCCCCGGCCCCCGG